CCUCAUCGGUUUCUGUUUAUCUCCCCUUCAACUGCACCCGAACUAGGUGACAUGGAGCCAGAGCCUCUGCAUUCGACCAAUGCCGUUCGCUGUAGAACGAACAGUUCCCGUCCAUACCGGUCCAAGCGACAUCCGCCAUGCGACGAAUGCCGUCGGAAGAAACUACGAUGUCAGGUCGACAGUCACAGCAGUUGCCAGCGAUGUCUGACUGCUGGCUAUCCUUGUUCUUUUGCGUAUCCUCUCCACCGGCGCCGUGGUGCCGCGCUGUCAAGGUCGAGCGCAUCACCAACACAACAAGUGGCGACCAUCAAUUCCACACAGCCUGAGCAAGUCUCGUCAAUUCAGCAAUCGCAUCCGGCACAUUUGUCGACCAAUCCACCGCCAUUGGACCUAUUUGCCCCUGAUCCUACGGAGAUCCCUUCGGCUUCUGUCAAUACUCACACCCAGACGCCGAUUCCCUUCGUCGAAAGGCAUGCACACCAAACUAUUCAGACCCUCGAUGGCUUGGAUGGAUUCUCAUACCAAGUCAUUGGCGCUUCGGGAGAGUCAGAUCCGUGGCUGCUGAGACACUGCAAGUUCAACGACAAGGGGUUCCUUUUGUCCCACCAAGUGCACUUUCGGAACGCAGGUGGUGUUCCGCUGGAUGAGAAGAUUCCAGUGCAUUUUCUGGUGACUGCCGAUCGGCUUUAUGAGUCCUCGGAACCGAGCCCAGAGUAUCCUAGCUCGAGCUUUACGCGGGAGGAGCUCGAUAGCCUUGUUUCACAGGAGUGUGGACAGAGGCUGGUUGUACUUUUCUUCAGAUUCGUAUUCCCGACACUACCAGUUCUGUCCUGCUCGCAAUUCGAUCUCGCAGCAGCUGGUACUGUGCCAGACCCAAGUACGCUUCAGAGGACACCUGUAUGUCUUCUUGCUGCAAUCUACGCAUCAGCAUUGCCAUUCGCCAAGUUCGACGAUUAUCUCUGUCUCAUCUAUGCAUACUCUCUACCUUCAACUGACCGACUAUGGCGCAUGGUCCUAGCACUUGUCUUGCAGGCGAGUCACACUCCUCGUUUAGCUACAUUACAAGCAGGGAUUCUCUAUCUUCACCGACCCAUCAGUGCCACGGAGGGCGCGGUGGCUGACAGCGUGUCGGUUUGGUCUUUCGUGGGUAUGCUCGUGGGUAUUGCUACAUCGCUUGGACUUCAGUUGGAAUGCAAACCAAUGGGUCUGCCGGCGUGGGAGCGGAGAAUACGUCGUCGGUUGUGGUGGGCGAUGUACGCUGAAGACAAAUGGCGCAGCUUGCUUAUGGGGCGUCCGUCUUACAUCAGAAACGAUGAAUGGGACGUAACCGACUUGGGGGAAGAGGAUUUUUCAGUUUCGGAUAGUCUUCGUGAUGCCUUGCAGUCCCCGUCAACCGACUGUAACUCUUCGCAUGAGGUUUGGUAUGCUCAGCCGUUCCAGCAUUUCAUCCGCCUGUCUCGCAUCGCGGAUGAACUGCAACAGUCCUUAUACGCGCUCAGGUCAGCACAGCGUUUAUGCUCUGAUUUCCACGCAACGCUUGAGACCGCCCGUCCUCUUCUCCAGAAGUUGAAAGAGUGGUCAGAGCACUUGCCCGCAUCUCUUCGCCAGCAGACUCGUCCUACAAACACGAUGGAGAGGGUUUCCUCACAAUUGGGCUGCCUUCGUUUCGCCUGCAUCCUCUUAGAGGUAUUCGUUUUUCGCGCUUUACUACGACCGAUGGUCCGAUCUGCCGCUCCGCCGCCCCUGUAUGAGGAAACCCACGCAAUACCCGGGCUCGCGGAUCAGUUCGACGAUCUCAUCAACCAGUUAUUCGAAGUGGACGAAUUUGAGCCAUCAUUGGCGAUCGAUUUGUCAGAAGAGAAUGGAGGUGGAAGUGCGGUGCUCCAAGCGGCCGAAAAUUGUGCAGCAAAGAUGCUCCGUAUGGUUAUGCGGGUUGGCUAUGGUGAUACUUCAGGCUUCUGGUACUCAUGGUCCCGUAUCGGCUUUGCGACCGUCUCGAAUUUCCUGAUCCUUCUUCUAGUGCAGGCACCGACACAAGACCACGCUCUUCGCGCCAAACGUCUUGUAGAUCUCUGGCGAAAUGAACUGCGAAAUCAGAAGCAGAGUUCUUCGAUGGUAUGUCUAGGACUCGUUAGGCUGGAGGCAACGCUGUGGGCCGGGCUGAGUAGAAAUUACUACCUGCCGAGGCAUGUCAAGGAGAUUCUUGAGAGGGAGUAGUUUAUUUACGGUACUAUAUAGUAAAUAGUCAGUUCAAUCUCUUCAAUAAUUAGACACUUUGAC